AUGCUCCGCCGCGACCCCACCACCAUCCAGCUCACCCAGGCUGACAUCGACCGCUACGACGCCAACCGCAAGCGCAGGAUGUGGGAGCGCCAGCAGCAGCUGCAGAAGCAGCAGCAGGAGGCCGCCUCUUCUGCGCAGUCCUCCCAGACCACCGAAAAGGCCGCUGAGGCCCCGCAGAAGAGCAAGAAGGACCGCGUUAUGGGUGGCAAUCAAUUUGGCGCAUUUCUCGGCGCCUCGCAUUGA